CUGGCACGCGCACGGGCAUGAAGAUACCGCGCGGCCGACAUGGAGACGAGCCGGGUCCGAGGCGCGUGCACGCUGACCGUGCUGCUGCUGCUGCUGUGCGCGUGCGUGUGGCCGCCGAGCUGCGGUGCCAGCUGGAUGUUGUUGGGUUUGAGUUCUGCGGGUCAAGGCGAGGAGGCAGGCUGCUCUGAACUUCCGCUGACUGCCCAGCAGAGGGAGGUGUGCCGAAAAAGGACUUUUCUGAUCCCCAGCAUUCGGGACGCUGCCCGGCUGGCCAUCAGCGAGUGUCAGAACCAGUUCCGACACGAGCGCUGGAACUGUUCCACCCGCCAACACCCGUCCGUCUUUGGCCACGAGCUGACAAGCGGAACCAAGGAAACAGCCUUCCUUUACGCGGUGAUGGCGGCCGGGCUGGUCCACGCCGUCACGCGCUUUUGUAGCCACGGCAACGUGAGCGAGUGUGGCUGCGACGCCCGCCUGAAGGGGGCGAGUUCUCCCGCCGAGGGUUGGCACUGGGGAGGCUGCUCGGACCACGUCCAGUACGGGACCUGGCUUAGCCGCAGGUUCAUCGAUCAUGCCGCCAAAAACACGUCGACCGACGCCAGAGGCCACGCCCUCCUCAACAUGAACGUGCACAACAGCGAGGCGGGGCGCCAGGCUGUCGUCAUGACGAUGUCCACCGACUGUCGCUGUCACGGCGUGUCGGGCUCGUGCGCCGUCAAGACGUGCUGGAGAACCAUGGCGCCGUUCGGCCAGGUGGGCGUCUACCUGAAGGAGCGCUACGAGCACAGCGUCCAGCUCUGGACGGGCGGCAGGAGGAAGAGCAAAAGAAAGGAGCCGCCACGGCGCCCCCCGGUGGACAAACACCAGCUGGUCUUUAUCAACAAGUCGCCCAACUACUGCCUGGAGAACCGCCGCUGGGGCGUGUUCGGCACCAGGGGGCGGCGCUGCAACCGCACCUCCAGCGGGCCCGACGGCUGCAAGCUGCUGUGCUGUGGGCGUGGCUACAACACGCACGUGGAGCGUCACGUGCACCGAUGCGCGUGCAAGUUUGUGUGGUGCUGCUACGUGCGCUGCAGGCGCUGCGAGAGCAUGAGCGACACGCACACCUGUAAGUGAGCGCCGGUGCUGCCCCCUGGUGGUCACCUGCUGCGUUGGCGCUACGCGGACAAUACGGAUACCGCAACUGACUUCUUUCGCUCGCCCCUCGGACACGUGGGUGCUAAAUCUUCAACCCAAAAAAAUUGAAAAAGCCGAUGGAGAAGUUUAGAAAAUAAAUCAUUUUGCUUUAAUGAAUAACAA